CUUGGAUCUUAGGCUGGUUCAUGUGCAAAGCAGUGUCAUAUUUGCAAGGAGUGUCGGUCAGUGCAUCUGUCAACACACUGGUGGCUAUUUCUUUGGAAAGGUUUCUAGCCAUCUGCUAUCCAAUGAAAGGGCAGAUUACCACAAGAGUCGCCAGAAAUGUCAUUGUCUUAAUCUGGACUUUUUCGCUGCUAAUAUCUUUACCCUGGGCUGUGCACUUUUCCCUUACCCCUCUCACUCCCGAUCUUCCCGACAUUGAGUUGUGUGUGGAAAUGUGGCCUCACCCGUCAUCGGAGCUGCUGUAUUUCAUCUUGGCCAACCUAGUGUUGUGUUAUCUCUUUCCUCUUUGUCUAAUUACGGCCUGCUACGUGGGAAUCUGGGUAAAGGUGUGGAGAAGACAUAUUCCGGGCGAAACCAACGGAAACGCUCGAGUCAGCAGCGUUAUCCAACGCUCCAAGCUGAAAGUGGUGAAGAUGAUGCUAAUUGUUGUGAUCAUUUUUGUAAUGUCAUGGUUACCUCUUUACAUAAUUUUCACACGGAUAAAGAUCGGAGGAGACAUCGAGCCAAAUAGUCUAGAAGAAAAUAUCCUGGUGGUUAUUGCUCCGAUUGCCCAAUGGCUGGGCUCUUCCAAUAGCUGUAUCAACCCAGUUUUAUACGCAUUUUUAAACAAGAAGUUUCGUAAAGGGUUUAAGGCCAUCAUAAAGAGUAAGAAAUGCUGUGGAACUCUCCGCUAUGAAACACCCUCCAGUAUGGUUUUAACAACCCGGGCUGUCACGCUUAGGAGCACACAGAGGUUUAAUGGAACACAUUCUACUACUGCAGUGUAG